AUGGCGUUUCGUCAGACUCUCCUGCUGGUCCUCGCGACCGUCGCCGCGUGCCUCCUGUCGUCCGUCAACCUCUCUGCGGCGCAGACAGAGCCGUUCCUCGUGACCAAGGCGCGCAGCACGCGCGCAUUCGCCGUCAACUGCACCAACGACUCGCUCAAGGCCAACGGCACCGCCGCGCAGCGGGCUCAGGAGCUUCUCGCGGCGAACGCCACUCUCGCCGCCGCCGUCGUCGCGUAUAACGACGCCGUGCCGCUGUCGCUGCAGGAAAUCACGGUGGAGCAGCAGGCGCGGCUCGAGAAGAUGGUGGCGGAGAGCAGCAACGCGACGGCGCUGAAGCAGGCUGUGUCGGACGCGAAGCGGCGGCUGGAUUUUGCGGCACGAAUGAUUGACGACCAGACGGCCGCUAUCGCCGGUUUGAACUUCGACGUCUACAAGGCGACUCGGAGGGCUGCCGAUCCGAGGCUCUCGGGCGCAGAUCUGACCGAUGCUCAGGACGACCUGGAGGCGGCGAAAACGCAGAAGGCUGACGCGGAGGCGCUUCUGGCAGAUAUGACUAAACAGGCGGCGCGGGCGCAGGGUUUUCUCGCUAAGAAGCAGAAAGCUCUCGAGGACCCCGCGAGCGUUCAGGAGGACAUUGCCGCGCAGCAGCACGUGAUAGACGACGCAAAAUUUGAGCUGGACGAAGCCGCUGCGGCGUAUGAGGAUGCCAAGGCUGCGGUGAUUCAGGCGCAGUUUGACGUGAGCUACGCGAAUGUGUCUAUUCCUGCGAAGUCCGCGAAUGUGAGCAACGCGAAGAUUUUACAGAGCAACGGUGUGAGUAACAAGAUCAGCGCGGACUCGGCGGCGAAUCUUAUGGCUUCUCGUGCGUACAACGCCACGCUCGCUGCUCAGCAGGCUGAGGCCGCUGCUAAGGCUGCAGGUUACACGUGGGUGUGGUAA